AUGUAUAUUUUAAUAAAAUCUAUAAAGAUACUACGUCGGAGAAGAGCCGAAGCUUCUGUGGAACUUAGAAAAAUUAAAAAAAUAGAAUUAUUGGCUAAACGAAGAAACAUUCAGGAAACUAAAAAUUCAAUUUAUCGGAAAUUUACCCCAACUUUCCACAAAUGCUCCUCGUCUGGAAUUAGUAACAAAAUCCGUCAAAAAUUGGUUGACGACGAAACAGCCACAGUAUCUGAAAUAAUCAAAUCAGAAACAAUUCCAUUUCUUAUUGAAUGUUUGACUUGUUCCGAAUCGUUUUUUUACGAUUUUAAUAUUAGUGAUUAUAAAAUACAACUUGAAGCGUCUUGGGCACUGACGAACAUAACUUCAGGGGAUCAUGAAUCGACUAAAGCAGUCGUGGACUGUGGUGUUGUCCCUGUGAUUGUUGAACGCAUCUCUAAAGUUGAAAAUGUGGAUGUCCUUGCACAAUAUGUGUGGAUUCUUUCAAAUAUAAUGGUAAUGGAAAGUGGAGUAAAUUGUGACAAUUUUUACUCUGCUCUAAGAACUAUUGGAAAUAUUGUUAUGGGAUCAGAUUCUGACACUCAAAUGGUGAUCGACGAAGGAGGACUGUCUGUUUUUAUGAAUUUACUUCCCGAAGUUGACAAAUCAUUGAAAGCGGAGGUCGUUUGGAUCUUAUCGAAUGUUGCCGCUGGAAAUAAUAAAAUUGACUUUCUCAGCCCAAACGUUAUGAAAAUUCAAAAUGUUCGAUCUAGGAUGCUUGUACAAAUCCAAAAUAAAUCGAAAUCACGUGGUUUGGUUGCUGUCCUUAAGAAGGAAAAGGCUGAAAAUUGGGCAGAUAUUUUGGAGAAGAAAGAGAAGGAGUCAGCAGUGCCUAAAAUGGACGACAAUGCUGACCCACAAGCCAAUUUGAUGAAUAUGAUGCAAAAGAUGUAUGAGGAGGGGGACGACGAAAUGAAGAGGACUAUGAAUAAGCUUG